AGCUUUUUACAAUUUUACAGCAGAAAGUAAAAACUGUAAAAAGUUUUUUAUAAAAACUGAUAUUUCGUUGUGGAAUGUUUUUUUUUGAAAUUUCAUAAAAAUAUCGCAAAAAUUGAUGUUGCAUUUGUUUUGUUAUUGUUCAAAUUGUCCAGUCAACAUUUCUUUUAAUAUUCUGCUCCGUACUAAUGAUCUUGCGGCUGAUACUUGAAAACGACGUGCUAAUCAAAUCUAGAGGAAGAACUGCAGCGAUUGCCUGCCAGUGAAUAACCAUUUUGUUUUGAUUUGGAACGCAAAGCGGAACAGCUGGGGACCACACCGUUCAUACAGAAUUAAGGAUGGCGGGAAUAGCUGAGAACCACCAUUCUACGCUUCCUUCGAAAGAAGGAGCCCUGUUUAAGAGAUUGCUGAAAAUGUACGAGCAGAAGCAAUACAAGAGUGCGCUGAAAAUUGCUAAACAAAUUCUGUCGAACCCGAAAUGCGCGGACCACGGCGAAACAUUGGCUAUGAAAGGUCUGACUUUGAGCUAUUUGGGACGCAAGGAAGAAGCCUACGAAGAUGUCAAACGGGGUUUGAAAUGUGACUUAAAGAGCUAUGUCUGUUGGCAUGUCUAUGGAUUAUUACAAAGAGGGGACAAGAAAUACGAAGAAGCCAUGAAGUGUUUUGUGAAUGCGUUAAAAAUCGAUAAGGAUAACGUCCAGAUUUUGCGUGACUUAGCGACCCUUCAGAUACAGCUGCGCGAUUUAGAUGGGUUCAGUGAUACACGCUAUCGAAUUGCUGUUCUUCGGCCUAGUCAGAAAAGCCAUUGGCUUGCAUACGCCGUGGCACUCCAUCUACAAGGUGACGUUAAUUUGGCUAUUCGCGUGAUGGAAGAAUGUCGCAAGUUGGCCCAUCCCGAGCGACAGGAUGAUUGUGAUGUGGAAUAUGGAGAAUAUAUUCUGUAUCAGCUGGAACUGAUGCUGGAAGCCGGCAGAUAUCAUGACGUUGUGGAACAUUCACUUCGCUAUGAAUCUUACAUAUUUGAUCAAGUUGCGCUAAUGGAAAAACGAGCAAGGGCUUUUGCCGCUCUUGAGAGGACGAAAGAAGCUAAUUCUAUAUUAACAAUGCUAAUACGGAGAAAUUCCGAAAACUGGAGCUACUAUCGCCAGUUGACAUUUCCUUUUGAAAAAUAUAAUUCAUUAUUGGAUUUUUGUGUGGAUAUGCAGAAAACUGAUCCUUAUUCUAGAACUGCUUAUAAAAUUCCUCUUACUUUGACGGAAGGAGAAGAAUUUCGACAGUUUAUUGGCAGCUAUUUACGGCGAAGCCUAGAGAAGGGAUUACCUGCUUUAUUUAAUGAUAUUAAAAUCGUCUACGAAAAUCCGGUGAAAGCCCAGAUAGCUGAAGAGGAAAUUCUCCGUAUCUUUGCCGAAAUACAGUCCAAAGAAGCUGCGAUAAAUUCAGGAGGUGGUGAUGAUUCGGUGCUUCCCAGCACACUCCUAUGGCUGUAUUACUACCUUGCUCAACAUUAUGAUCAGAAAAAAGACUAUGACAAGGCCAUGGAGUUUAUUGAUCUGGCGAUAGCACAUACUCCAACACUGGUGGAAUCCUACUCGUUCAAAGCGAAGAUCUUGAAGCAUAUGGGCGAUCACCAAGCAGCGGCUACCAGCAUGGAAGAAGCCCAAUCGCUUGAUACAUCAGAUCGUUUUAUCAAUUACAAAGCCGGAAAGUACCUGCUGCGAGCUAAUUUAUUGGAACGUGCGGAAACUAUUUUGGGAAAAUUUACCAGAGAGGGUAUGAAGCCUUCGGAAAAUUUGUGUGAUAUGCAAUGUUUUUGGUUCAUGAUCGAAAGUGCCCGUGCGAUGAAGCGGUUAGGGAAGUUCGGUGAAGCACUGAAACUUCUACACGUCCUGGAUCGGCAUUUUUUGGAUAUUGUGGAUGAUCAGUUGGAUUUUCACGCUUACUGCCUUCGAAAAUCAACCAUCGAGAGCUAUGUCAAAUUAAUACGAAUGGAGGAUUCUGUUCGUCAGCACAAGUUUUAUGUUGAUGGCGCCAUCUUAGCCGCUGAGAUUUAUUUAGCAAUUUACGACAAGCACCCGUCUGAUUCGGAUGAUGACGACAUCGGUACCGAUCCAUCGAUUUCUGCGGCGGAGAAACGAAAACUCAAGAACAAACAGCGAAAAGCGAAGAAGAAAGCAGAAAGUGAGAAAUUACAACAGGAAGCCAUGGAAAAAUCUAAAGCGCAGGCGAAACUAAAAAAGGACGAUGAUGAGCCAGCAGCUACCCAUAAAGAGGACUUGAUACCAGAGAAACUGGCUAAGCCGGAUGAUCCGCUGGAAAUGGCAUGUUAUUUUCUUCGACCGUUGGUUGUUCUUGACAUCCCCCGGUUCGAUUUGCAUCAGAUGAUCUUUGAAGUGUAUCACCGCAAAGGCAAGCAUGCUGUGGCUUUGCGCUCGCUUGUCCGGAUGAUAAACUUGGAACCUCUUAACCCGAAACUUGCCGAAUACAGAAGUUUAUACUUGGAUAUCGCGGAUAAUCAAACUGGAAAUAUUCCCGAAGCGAUUCAGGAAAUCGUUAUGGAAGCUUUCGCCCAAAUUAAGAACUGCCAGCUGCCGGUUGACAAUGGAGGUCUUACAAAAAGUGGCGAUGCUCUGCAUAAUCGGGUGGUGGAAAAUCACCAUUAAAGAAAAUGUGACCAAAAACAGUGUGUUUAAAUAAAUUAAUGUGAAUAUUAGUCGGUCGGUGUCUUCUUCGUUUUUGAAUGAAGUACGAUUGAUCAGAUGAUUUCAGUUGGGUGUUGUUUUCCUCUGACGCCGUGUUUAAUAUUGCUCACUUCGGCACCUGUUAAUGUUUUGUUUUCUAUGAACCGAAAUUUACUGUUCUUCUUUCUGGGGAAAACUGUUUUGUGGACUUCCGGACUUUUUUACUGUGCUGAAGUAAUGUGGACUUAACUCUCCGGUGCAUGAAUUAUCCUUCUGUC